AUGUACAAUACCAUUUCCGCAGAAUCUUUUGACUAUAACGUCUUUGGAGCAAUUGUCGACGUCGUUCCUCCCGGGGGCAGACGGGAUGGACUGUCAUAUCUCUGGACGUCAACGCCAAUCACUUUAGACAAGCAACACAGUUCAGAGCGAGUGCCACAUACAAACGAGUCUGGCACACAUAGCGACUCGACCCACUCACAUUCACACGGGGGUGAUCUGGAGGUAGUCCAGGGCCGAUUCAUAUCGCGGGGAGGAGAGCAGUGGAGCCUUAACCCACAGUUUGUUACGCUGAACUUCAGGCAAAAACGAACAAUCAAGAUGCAGUCGGCCUCGACGAUUUUCGAAACUGAAACGGAGAGUAUGAUGGUUGCGCGUGAGGUUGGCGAAGAGGCAAAGAUGUAUACGAGCAUGACUCUCAACAUCCCGCAUAAACUCAAGCUUGAGCCAGUCAAGGCCGAAUCAGCUCUCGAGUUUCUGCCAAACAAGAGCGCGCGACCAGGUGAGUCGGCGGAUAUGUACGUUACAUCCAGCAAGGACAACAUCAUCCGGACGAUCAACGACCGGCCGGCGUCGUCAUUCCUCGAGGAUUCUCUGGCCGCGGGACUGUUUCUGGAUCCAGUGCCGCCUAUGAACACCAGGUUUACGAAGAAUUUGGAGAAUCCGAAAAACAGAAGCGUGUAUGCGCUGAUCAACGAUUCGGUGCGGUACAAGGUGAUUGCGGGAGGCGGAGGCUGGGGAGUGCGAGCGGGUAUGCUCGUGCUCGACCCAGAGGCCAAGGUGCCUGCGAAUGCAAAGAUCGAGUUUUAUGUGACGAAAAAUGCCGGGCCAGACUACGGAAUCGCAGACGCCGAGCUGAUGACGGGAGACCAGUCUUACGGGCGGGUAUACUUUGAAUGCGUCGAGCCGAUUCAGUUUUUGGAUGACGCGGAGGCAGAAGCUGAGGGCGCUGUGGUUGAGGAGGUUGCGCUGGAGGGGAUAUUUGGUGCUGGGACGGAUAACCGGUUUCUGGUGGGGACGAAGAAGUACGAUGUGCAUGGAGAGUUUGUCGCUGCAUCGGUCGUUAAGUAG